CGAUGGCAGAGCAGCAGGACGUCCCGGAGCAGCUGGUAGCUGGGAAAGGCCAGAGUGCACCAGGAGCAAGUUACAAGCUCACAGUUUAUGAGCUUGAGAAUUUCCAGGGACGCAAGUCUGAGUUUACUGGAGAAUGUAUGAACCUGGCAGAAAAAGGUUUUGAAAAGGUGGGAUCAAUCCAUGUGGAAAGCGGUCCAUGGUUGGGAUUUGAGCGACAAAAAUACACUGGGGAACAGUUUGUUUUGGAGAAGGGAGAAUACCCACGCUGGGACACAUGGUCCAACAGUCACAAUAGUGAGAGGCUGCUAUCACUCCGACCCAUCCACGUCGAUGGCGGUGAGCACAAGAUCCAUCUCUUUGAGAAUGCUGGAUUUAAUGGAAGGAAGAUGGAGAUUGUAGAAGAUGAUGUUCCCAGCCUUUGGGCUUAUGGAUUCCAAAAUAGGGUAGCCAGCAUCAAAGCCAUCAAUGGAACGUGGGUGGGGUACCAGUACCCUGGUUAUAGAGGACGCCAGUAUCUAUUUGAGAAGGCGGAAUAUAAACAUUGGAAUGAAUGGGAUUCUAACCAGCCACUGAUCCAGUCUAUCCGUCGUGUUAGAGAUAUGCAGUGGCACAAGCGAGGCUGCUUUCAGGCCACCCCAAUCAGCAGCUGAAAGAGACAGGAGGAAGACCUUGAGGUCAGGGGCAGAAUGUAUGCAAAAAGAAGAAGAAUGAAAUAGAACAUACAAGUCUUUCAUCCCCAGGCUAUGAAAAUAAUACUGCUGCAAAUAAAAUGGUGACUGAGAGGAACCACUUGUAUGAA